AUUGGGAAAAAACCAAUAAGACAUGAAAUAUCAAGAAAAUUAGACUCUUGCCUAAUAAUAAUAAAAACCGGCUCUCUGUAUUCCAACCGAGUUUGUGGCGACGUGGCUAAAUACAUCAAGAAGGUCGUAAUCAUUGGUAAAUACAAGACCCAUUAUGGCACCUCCCUCAGGAAAAUAGUGAAGAGAAUAGAAAUCAGCCAGCAUGUCAAAUACACUUGCUCCUGUGGCAAAACCAAGAUGAAGAGACAAGCUGUGGGGAUCUGUCACUGUAGUUCCUGCAUGAAAAUGGUAGCUGGUGGUGCCUGGACCUACACCACCAUUUCUGCCCUAACAGUAAAGUCUGCCAUCAGAAGACUGAAGGAAUUCAAAGACUGGUAGAAGCUCCACAAUUUGAAACACUGCUAGCCUAUAAUAAAUGAGUUAAUUUGUGUAAAAAUAAAUAAAUAAAUAAAUAAAUAAAAACCAUUAAGUCUCCUAGUAAGCAUGGAUUAAGAAUAUAAAGACAUGAGGUUUAUUUCAGGGCACUUGUUAAUGCCAUCUUCAAAAGGGAGAUGCCCUUGGAGUAGGGCACAGUUUAUCUCUACAAAGUAUAUCUCAGAGGAAAAUUUCUCUGGCACCCAGCAAUGAUGCCUCUGCCCUCUCCCAGGCAGAUGACAGCAAGAGAAAUCAAAGGGGCAAGCAGCAAUCCAGAGAAGGCUGUCUUUCACUCUAUGCCCAUGAAGUGAUGGCAGGGAUCUAAGUCCUUAGAUUCACAUUUUACACUUUAUCUUUUCACUCAGCAUACAAGUUAACCAAGUGACAAAAGUUCAAGAAAUAUGUAUGAAACAGAUUUAGAGAUGCACGAUUUAACUGAGAAAGCAUUUUCAGCAGACAAAAGUCUCAACAUAUUCAUUAAGUUUUGUGGUAAACUGGAAGUAACUAAAAUUUGCAGAGAACAUCAAAUGUAGAGUCCUCCUUAAACCAAACUUCAUUCCUGAAACGCUGAAGAAGGAAAUAUUGCUCGAGCUUUAUAUCAAGUUUUACUAAAGUUAGUGGUUAAUUUUAGAUUUUAUAUGGUGUAUUUUUAUACAGAAAAUUUAGUUCACAAUUCUGGAAUUAUGCAAAAAGUUAUAUUUAAAUCCGUUCAAAAUCUAAUCUCUUUGCCUGGGAUUAAGUUUUCUUCCUAAAAAGAAUUAAAAGAAACACAGUGUAUUUUACCAUAAAAGGAAAACAAAUUGAAAUGUGUUCCAACUCAUUUAAUUUCCUCAAAUCACCUUAAAACUGAGAGAGUCAACAACCAAAUUGUCUCUUAUGGAUUCACACACAUAAACUGCAAAAACAAACAAACAAACAAAAAAAACACCUCAAUAAAUUAAAAAUAUAGAAGUGAAUCGUUUGCUUUCUAAUUUUUAAAAUAAAGGUGAAUUUAUUCUAUAUGAGUACAGUAAAUAAUGAAAGCUAGCUAUUUAAUAUUUGCUUUUUAAGAGACUGGAAACAAGAAUAUGAAGUCUCACUGCUCACAAAUAUGCACUUCAUGUUCAAGAUCAUAAAUCAGUUCAAGAUGCCUAUAUAUGAAAAUAAUGGUAAAAAAGUUUGUAUGUGCUUGACAAAAAAUAAUCCAAGUGUUUCAAAAGCUCAUUUGUGUAAGAUUUUUGCUAAAAUUGCCUUGCUUGCCAUAAUACUUAUUAAACAUAACAGUUUCUAUAAUGGCAACCUGUUAUAAAAUAAUGAAAAUUUCCCUUCUGAUAACAAAUUCAACCAAAGAUAACCCUUACUAUGCCAACUCUAUCCAAAUUUAAAAGCCAAACAUAUUUGAAAAAAUGAGAUAAAACUAGUAUCUUCAUUAAGCAACUUGAUACUGAAACUCAGAAACCAAACAGAUUCAGAUAAUGGGCUUCAUUCCUAGCUAAAUUUAUAGUCUCAACUUUCACUGUUUGCACUUAGGGACCAAAUGGAUUCAGAUGUCUAGAAAUAUCUGCCUUUUUUUUUUUUUUCUGCUCCUUGGUUCAUUUUUUGUUCACAAGUACAGGAUUUUAUACUCACUCCUCUCCUCACCCAUGUACUGCAUUUAGCAUUUUCCAACGUCAUUACAUAGUUCUCGUAAACAUUUCACUGGCUAAUUUCCCUAUUGAGAGGAUUGUUGUAAUUUACAUAUAAAUUCUGACUGUUUAUUUGGUCCAUUUUCUCCCAGUAACUGUGACUCGAUAAAGGCCUCCAAAUAUCAUUUUCUUUACUUAAACAUUCUGUGUUACAACUACAGCUAAAUAUUUUACAUAUUUUAUAAUAUUUUAAAUGAUUCCAGAACUGUU